AUGGACGGCGACGAGCACGACAUUGCCGAUUCGACAGACUGGAUCAAUACCCCGCUCGCCGGUCUCGUUGCUGUCGAGGCCGCUCUGCGAUGUCAGGUCUGCAAGGACUUCUACGACACGCCGAUGCUCACCUCAUGCAAUCACACCUUCUGCUCUGUCUGCAUCCGCCGUGCCCUCUCCAACGAGGGCAAGUGCCCGCUCUGCCGCGCCCCUGAACAAGAGCUCAAGUUGCGCAGCAAUUGGGCAACCCAGGAGGCCGUGCAGGCGUUCACAGCAGCUCGCCCAGCGCUCAUAAAGGUUGCUCGGCAGCCGCCAGGACAAAUCCCUGUCGACGGCUCGGCGUCUCCCAAGCGCCAGCUGGAGCAUGACGACGAAGCAGAUGAUGGUCGGCGCUCUAGCAAGCGGCUGCGAUCGUCCGCCCGGGCAAGCAAAUCACGAGCCAUGGAGUCUACCGCCGAGAUGGCUCGUCAAGAGAUUGAUCUGACUUGCGAGCCCGAAAAUUCACCAGAACCAAAUGACGGGCUUGUCGCUUGUCCGGUUUGUAAUCAGCGAAUGAAGGAGGCUCAAGUAUACCAACACCUCGAUCAGUGUAUCGUGGAAUCACAACGAAAGCCUACACGAGACGUUGCCAGCGCCACCUCCCUCCCACCGAACGGACAUUCCACUACGAAACCGCCGCCAACACUUGAGCGCUUGCCUGCUAUCAACUACUCGAUGUUAAAGGAAGCUGCCUUGCGGAAGAAACUUCAAGAGCUAGGGAUAGACGCACGUGGGUCGAAAGCCGUGCUGGAGAAGCGACACAAGGAGUGGAUGACUUUGUGGAAUGCCAACUGCGAUUCGCUUCAGCCGAAAAGAAAAGCCGAGCUUCUGCGAGAACUUGAGAAAUGGGAGCGCACCCAAGGAGCUGAUGCACCGACAUCUUCGAGGGCAGCGAACCAGGGCGCGCAGAUUCGUGCCAAAGACUUCGAUGGUACCGCAUGGGCCGUCAAGCACGAUGCCUCAUUUCAAGACCUUAUCGCACAAGCACGCAGGUCGAGGCAAAAGACCGAGGUGCCAGCCAAAGAAAGCUCUGAAGAGAGCCAGGUAUUAGAAGAGACUGCACAGCCGGAUGAAUACGCGGCCUCGAAUCAAACAGCAGAGACAUCGAAUGCUCAAGUCGAAAUCUACGGACAGGAGGUCUCUGCAGUUCCAAUCCCGACCUUGCCUGCGACAAGCCAGUCAAUGACGAGUUUGACACAGAACAACUACACUCCAUAUCAUGCACAUAUUACACAACUGCCGCCUUUUCCCGCCACACAUGCCUGGGAACAACCGUUAUUUCCACAGCAACAGUUUUGGCCGAGUAGUAGCCCUGACAGAAGCCCUCAGGUUUUCCAUAUGCUGGGUGCCCAGAGACAUGGCGUCCCUAUGUCGCCGCAAAGCCAGCUAACAAUCCCGCAACUACCGCCACAUCAUCUCGAUCACCACGACUGGAGUCCAACGUGA